AUAUAAAUCAGAGGAAUUGGGUCCGUCCCGUUUGCUGCCACCUGGGGUCAACCCGGCUGAAUCCAUUUUGGAGGAUACCUUUGCUGCAGCCCUCUGGACGUGCUCGGAGGAGGAGAAGAAGAUAAAGCAAUUUGGCAUCAUUGCAGUAGCUGGAAGCGAAGAGACCUACGAGGAGGAUCUGUGGGGUGUCCUGGUCUCGGUGUUUGACCAUGGUGCUCACCCAUGUAGAACUGGAACUGUGCUUCCGUGGUCAGAAGCUACGAGGGUUCAAAUGCAAGGUGACCAGGCUGGCCAAUGGGUUUCUGCCGGAGACUUCGUUCUCCAUUGCUAGCCAGGUUUUUCUGCCGUUCCUUCUGUCUGGCUUGGGCAUGGUAGCUACUGGCCUCUUAAUGGAUACUGUUCAGCACUGGCCGGUAUUCCAGACAAUUACGGAAAUUUUUAUCCUGGUUCCUGCCUUGCUUGGCCUGAAGGGAAACCUGGAGAUGACGCUGGCAUCCAGGCUCUCUACUGCUGCUAACGCCGGACAGAUGGAUGAUCCUGAUGACCGAUGGGAAAUCAUCACCUGCAAUCUAGCCCUAAUCCAGCUCCAGGCCACUGUGGUUGGACUUCUGGCUGCUUUGGCUGCUGUGAUCCUGGAAGCCAUCUCCAAGGGCUCUGUGGAUGUGAGCCAUGCUGCUGUGCUGUGUGCCAGCAGUGUCCUCACGGCCUUCCUAGCUGCACUUUGCCUUGGUCUGCUGAUGAUUGGUGUGAUCACUGGAGCCAGGAAAGCUGGGAUCAAUCCAGACAAUGUUGCCACACCCCUUGCAGCCAGCCUUGGAGACUUGAUAACGCUUUGGGUGCUGUCGGCAUUCAGCAGUUUGUUCUUCGAAUGCAUAGACAUGACAUGGCUUCCUCCUCUGGUCUGUGCUGUAUUCAUCGUCAUGACCCCUUUCUGGGUUUGUGCCGCCAAGCGAAGUCCUUCCGUUGCCAAAGUCCUGAAAUCUGGAUGGCUGCCGGUCAUUGUUGCUAUGAUCAUCAGCAGCAUCGGUGGGCUUAUCUUGGACAAAACUGUAACUAACCCAAACUUUGAAGGCAUGGCAGUUUUCACACCUGUGAUGAACGGUGUUGGAGGGAGCCUGGUUGCCAUCCAGGCCAGCCGUAUUUCCACAUUCCUGCACUUAUGGAGCAAGCCUGGAGUUUUGCCAUACAAGAUGAGGCAGAAUUGGCCCAACCCGUGCACCAUAUUCUUCUCCUCAGAAGUGAAUUCCCGGUCGGCGCGAGUCCUGUUCUUCCUGGCUCUUCCAGGGCACCUCGUGUUCCUCUACACUAUCCGCCUGCUGCACGGAGGCCACGUGUCUCUGUCCUUCCCGUUUGUGAUGUUCUAUCUGAUGGCUGCUCUGCUGCAGGUGGGAAUCCUGCUCUAUGUGACUGAAGUCCUUGUGCGCCUGAUGUGGAGGAAGGAGGUGGAUCCGGAUAACUUCUCCAUUCCCUACCUCACUGCCCUGGCGGAUUUCCUGGGCACGGCACUCCUGGCUGGCUGUUUCCACCUUGUUUGGCUUAUCCACGGCUUGUAGGUGAAUGGCCCAAGCCC